AUCAAAGAGGCACAAACGAAUACUGAGAAAUGCCAUAAGUUUUUUUUUAGGUAAAUUCAGAAUAGCAGGUAAAAUGGAUGAAUACCAACAUUCGUUGUUCUUUGAAGCAAAAGAUCUGACAGAGAGAGAGGUGGAGAAGAUCAGGAGACACUUUCAGAAAAGACGAGACUCUGGGGGAGGCGAUUGUGGGAUCAUUGAAAAGGCUGGUGGCAACAUCUAUAAAAUCAGUUUCAAGGAGAAGGAAGACCAGGAAAGGGUUUUGCAGAGGAAGUUUCACACCAUCUCGCUUCCUUCUGGACAACUACGUGUGACUGUGAGACGGACCAGUUCAGCCCAGAAACCUGAUCAGCCCUCCGGUAUUCAGUCACAGACAUUGACAAAAGCAAACACAAAGGGCAUUGAGAAGAUUUUCAAGCUUGAUAUUUUCCUCCUGUUGUACCUGAGAAACAACCCUAAAGCAAAUAAAGUAUUAGAGAAUCAACUCUCCUCUAUCGGCUGCACAGUGGAGUUCAAUCUAGUGGAGGAGAAAAUAAUAGUUAGGGGGGAUGCUGAUAAGGGGACUAGAGGAGCCUUUGCCAGUGCUGCAGAGCAUUGGGAGAUACAAGUGGAUCGAGUCUUCAUCAGAGUCACUGAGAGCUACCUCUGCCACCAUGUUGUGGAGCCAAAACAAGUAGAAAUCCUGCUGCAGGACCUCUCCUUUGUGAAUGAUGGCAUCAAUGUGUACACAGAGGGCAGUUAUGCUGUGCUUGUGGGAGAGAAUGAGGCUGUAAAGGAGAGGAUUGCAAUCCUAGAAAAGAGCCUGCCAACCCAGAGAGAAUUACCAGUUGUGGAGAAGCAGUUGAAACUGGUAGAAGAGGAGUUUAGUCGAGAAAUGCUUAACAGCUUCCCAGAGGUUAAAAUCCACAGAAGUAACGCCAGGAUCAUCUUGGAGGGCCCUGGCAGGGAGGUGCAGUCAGGAGCUGCAAAACUUGAUGAACUGCUCAAAAAGGUAAAGGAAAAGAGAGUCACGCUCUGCGCAGCUUUACUUACCUUCAUAACAUCCAGUGGCGCCAUCUCCAUGUACGAGGCUCACUUCCAGCGAAACCUCAGAAAUCCUGUUCUUCUAGAGGUGGAGUCAGACCUGGUUUUGUCCAGUUUGUCCCCUGGAGCCCUGGAUAAGGCUGAGGCAGCGCUGCAGAGAGACCUGAGUCUGGCUGAUGUGCCGCUACAGGGAGCUGCAGCUCUACCUGCAGACCUCGACAGAGUGAAAAAAGUCAUGAUCCAAGCCAAGAACGAGGCAAACUCUCAAGAGCUCAGGGUGGAUGUCAGCUUCAUCCCAGGACCUGGUGGAGCAGUCACCAAGGUACGACUGGUGGGCUUCAGUGAACAUGUGAACAAGCUCAGAGAAGUUCUGCAUGACUACCAGAUGAACCAAGUCGGGACACAGGAAGUGCUGAGCCUACCUCAUCCCGAACUGGUUGACUGUUUCGAUAAACUCUUGAACAUAAUUGGAGUGAAGCAAACCAAUGUGACCUUUAAACCCUCACAUUUCCCAUACCCUUGUGUGAGUGUAUCCGGCCCCCGCUGUCUGGUGCAGGAGGCUUAUGCAAACCUAAACGCAACCCUAGGCAACCUGACGUCAGACACUUUGACUCUAGAUGGAUCAGGGGCACAGCGGUACUUCCAAGCAGAGGGUAAAGUGAGCAAGGAACUUAUAGAGACCUCCUUUCAGGUCCUUAUCAGGGAACAGCAAGGUGCAUACUCUGUGACUAGUUUGUUAAGCAUCAGCAGCCCCAACACCAGUGGCACACCCAGGCCAUCCAUCACCAGAGGGCACUGCAGCGCUGGUGGGAGCAAUGCAGCCAGCAAGACAAGCCUGAAUCUCAAGCUCGGAAGUUUGGGAGAUGAGCAGUACUACCACGAUGUCUGCAGACCCCUCAGCUUAAAUAUGGACCAGGAAGGCCAAGCAAUCUUCAGGUCCCUCCCUACUGACCUCGAUGAAAUCACAAUGACAGUGGGAGGCGGAGUUAAACUACAGCUGGUGUAUGGUGACAUCACUCAUGAGACUACAGAUGCUGUGGUGAACACAACCGACUUUGUGAAUUUUCAGAUUGAUGGUGUGUGCAAAGAUAUCUUAGCCAUUGCUGGACCAGGGGUGGAGGCUGAACUUAAAGCAGUGAAAGUGAACCGAGGAGGUGUUUUUGUAUCCCGACCUGGACUGUUUCCUUGCAAAGCCAUUUUACAUGUGCAUGGAGAAAAGGAUGCAAGCAUCAUUGAACGACUGGUGUGUAGCAUUGUUGAACGUUGUGAAACACUUGGAUUCAAGUCUGUGGCCAUCCCUGCUAUCUCUACUGGCACUGGCGGGAUGGACCCCGGUGUCGUGGCAGGUGCCAUCCUCCGAGGGGUCAAGGCUGCCACGUCAUCCACUCCUCUUUACUCUCUCACUGACAUCCACCUCGUCCUGAAUAGGAUCAGCAUCUUCUUGCUGUUUAAAGAGAAAGCAAUGCGGAUGUUUUCCACCGCUGUAAUCGAAAGAGUGUCAGCACCUCAGUUGCCUCAUGUACAUCAGCCCCCUUCAUCUGUGAGCGCAGACCUAAGCAUCCUCCGUACCACUUCCACAAGCCAGCAGUCUGUCUUCCUGUUCCUGGGUAUCUCCAGACAGGACAUUGAGGAUGCCAUGAAAAAGCUGGAGGAUCUGUAUCAGGCCCAGUGCUCCACUUACACCUUCAAAAAGGAGGAGCUGGCAGGCCUCACCGCGGCCGACAUGGAGGAUCUGAAGCAGCUGGUGGAGACCGAGGGUCUGUACAUGCAGUGCAACCAGUCCGGCCAGGGCAGGUUAACGGUGAGGGGCUUAAAAGAUGGGGUCAACCAGGUGAUGAAGAUGAUUAAUGCCUCUCUGCACAACAGCCUCAGAAGAGAGGUGAGAGUCAGGAAGGAGGAGGAUUUGUACGCCCGUGUGGCUUGGUGCAUCCAGGGCCAUAAUGGCAAAUGGGAGAGACUCCCCAAAACAGCAAAUCACAAACUGGAAAAUAAGGAUAUAGCAGGAGGGAUAGUGGAUGCACAAGGCAUCUCGUGGAUUGUGGAUCUACACAGGUUGGAGGCCAAAAGACCAGACGCUGCACAGACGGUGAAGCUGAAACGACUUGUGAAUCUACCGGACUUCACUCUCCCUCUGUACUGGGACAACAUGGCUGCCGGUGAAAAUUUGAAGGCGUUUGUGCUGCAGCCUUCCUCUGCAGAGUACCAGACGGUGAAGGAGGCAUUCAAACAAACUGUCUCCAAGACUGUAGUGAAGAUCGAGCGCUUGCAGAAUGUUCACCUGCGACGCGCCUAUGAGGUGCAGAAGAGGCACAUUUCUGAAAAGAACAGACAGGAGGGUGGAGCAGUGGAAAAGCUCCUGUACCAUGGGACCACCCAGGACAACUGCGACUCCAUCAUGAAAACUGGGUUCAACAGGAGCUUUGCAGGGCAAAAUGCAACUGCAUAUGGUCACGGGACCUACUUUGCUGUGGACGCCUGUUACUCAGCCCAACCCACUUUCUCAAAGCGAGCUGCUGAUGGUUCUCAGUUAAUGUUUGUGGCCCGAGUCCUGACUGGCUACUACACUCUGGGUCAAUGCGACAUGAGGGUUCCUCCGCCUCGCAGGGGCCUGCAGCCCCACGACCGCUUCGACAGCGUAGUGGAUAAUAUACACAACCCCAACAUGUAUGUUGUGUUCCACGAUAGCCAAGCCUACCCAGACUACCUCAUCACCUUCAAGUGACUGUGAAUAGGGUGGAGGGAUGGAAUGGGAAAAAUAGUGGAUGAUGAUGAUGCACAUGCUACAUUAAAGAGCACAUUUAGACUGCAAAAUAAACUGCACAUAUGUCCAAACCAACAAUAAUGCCAGUGAACAGGGAGGUGCACAGUUUUUACACAGUGUGUUGCACACGCACACAGACACACAUGCAUUAUAUUUAUUACAGUUUGAGGAUCUGUUAUGUGCAUUUUAGCAUUUGGCAGAUUCAACCUUCCCUUUACCUGUGCUGAGGUACGAUAAUGCUAACCUUAAAGGGACAGUUCACCCCAAAAUCACUAAUGUUUUUUUUUCCUCUUACCUGUAGUGCUUUUUAUGUCACCCAUCAUGUUAUCCAUCAUCGUUGUACUGUUCACAAACUGCCAGCCCCGGCCCAGCUGACGCUCGGCCUGUGAACGCACACAUGUAGAACACGUAUGUUCGCAUCAGCUGUGAUCUCUCAGGAGCUCCUGCAGACUCACCAGCAGCUUCGUCUCUGCUGCAGCUGCUGAUUUGGCUGCUUUGGUUUUGCUCCUCUCUCACAUGGUUUAUCAUGAGUUUUUCAUGUAGCUUUUGUCUUGACUGGCUUGACUUGAAAUGUAGUGAAUUACAUCAGUUGAUAAUAAAAAUGCUGAUGAAAAAUGUAGAGUACUGUUAAGGGUAAUGACACUACAUGUAAUUUGUUACUUCCAUCGC